AGGGGCGGGGCAUCAGUUAUGAUCCAGAUUAUAAACCUGCUGAGUGUGAGUGUGUGUGAAGCUGCAAACAGCCGACAGACAAACUGAAGCCUAGCCCCUCGGGGGCGUAUUAUGAUGGUGGGGGGGGCAGCAUGCCUCGCUCGCCCGCUGAUCACGGUCUGGACCGCCGCGCUCGCUCGCCAUACGGCUGCUAUGGGAAUGGGGAGGAGGAGCUGCGUGUCCGGAGGCGACCAAUCAGAGACGAGCGAGGCCGCUGGCACUCACAGGACCACCCUCUGGACCAGGUUCAGGAUGAGCGUGAGCGGCGACGGCGGGAGGAGUUGGAGUUUCAGGCUCAUAACCGUAGCGACCCGAACCUGGCUCGUUACCCAGUGAAACCGCAGCCAUGCGAGGAGGCCAUGAGAAUGUUGGUUCAGGUCGGCAGGGUCCGCCACCAACGCCAUCACAGCGAUGUCUCGCUGGGAGCCGCCGAGCCUGACCACCUGAGAAAUACAGCUCUCCGUCAGAAUCGGCUUCACGGAUUGGUCGGCUCUGGAAGGUCGUUCUCUGUGGACCAGGCAGCCAAUCACGUCAGACCCACAUCUCCCCGCCGCAGCCCGUUACCUCGGCAACACCUGGACCCGAACUCCGCCUUCAAGAGGAAGACAGUCAAUGAGAGCGCAAAACAGAGGGGGCGGAGAAUGGGGAAGAUGCACUUGAUUGGUAGCUUCAGCAGCUCAGAGGAGGAUCUGUUGACCACGCCCGACUACACCAGCUGUGACGAGCCGGACAGAGACAUGGACAGCCAGUGGUGGGAUCAUGGUUCCUGGCACGGCGAGCCUGCACCGAUGUCUAUGCAACCGGUCACAUGGCAACCAUCCAAGGAUGGAGAGCGUCUGAUUGGUCGAAUUCUGCUUAAUAAGAGGAUGAAGGACGGGACGGUUCCCGCGGAUACGGCAGCACUCCUGGGGCUCAAGGUGGUCGGGGGAAAGAUAACGGAGUCAGGUCGUCUUUGUGCAUUCAUCACUAAGGUGAAGAGAGGAAGUCUGGCUGACACUGUGGGACACCUGAGACCAGGUGAUCAGGUUCUGGAGUGGAACGGUCGGGUUCUUCAGGGAGCCACUUUCAAUGAAGUUUACAACAUUAUCCUGGACUCCAAAGCGGAACCACAGGUGGAGCUGGUGGUGUCCCGACCACUCGGAGAUGUUUCCAGAGUAGCAGACAGCUCCCACAUCCAGCUGGACUCCAGUUCUAGUUCCUUCGACUCUCAGAAAGUCGGUCCGUCCAUGUCCGUCACGUCUUCCAGCCUUCUCUCCAGGCAGGUAUCUACUGGUGUGAGGCGUCCUCUGGUUCCCAGGCUUCAGCUGAAGCUCUGGUACGAUAAAGUCGGCCAUCAGCUGAUUGUAACGGUUCUUGGAGCUAAAGAACUUCCUGUUCAAGAUGACGGCCGACACAGGAACCCCUACGUUAAGAUCUACUUCCUGCCAGACAGAAGUGAUAAAAGUAAGCGCAGAACAAAGACGGUGAAGAAAUCGCUGGAACCUCGUUGGAACCAGACCUUCAUGUACUCGCCGGUCCAUCGGCGGGAGUUCGGAGAACGGAUGUUGGAGCUGACGGUCUGGGAUCAGGCCCGAGUCCGGGAAGAGGAGAGCCAGUUCCUGGGAGAGGUCCUCAUAGAGAUGGAAUCUGCUCUGUUGGACGAUCUUCCUCACUGGUACAAACUUCAUGAUGUCUCAUCUCUGCCGCUGUCCAACGCCUCCCCCUACCUGCAGAGGAGAGGACUGCAGCCUGAAGACACAUCAGCCAGCAGGAGGCUGCAGAACAAAGGUCCUUAUUAUAACUCAGGGUCUCAGAGGAUCAGUGACAGCGAGUUCUCAGAUUAUGACUGUGAAGACGGCAUCGGGGUGAUAUCAGACUACAGACUGAAUGGGCGGGACUUCCACAGCUCCACCCUCUCAGUGCCAGAGCAGGUGAUGUCGUCCAAUCAUUGCUCUCGAUCCGAUGUGGUCAGGAUGAGGCCACAGUCGCCGAGCCAGCCGCCUCCUCAUAGCAGUAACCCUCUGUACCCGUUGUACCGGGAAGACGCCGUACGGUUGCUGCGAGGCUCCAAAGUGAGCAGAGCAUACUCCGACGCCGGCCAGUACAGCAGCCUGAACAGGAGAUCACUGAGGAGAGCGUCUGCUGCCACCUCUCUUGAUUCCCACGACAGAUACUUUAACGGUCCGAACCAAACCCAAUGGACCAGCCAAAUGAUGAAUGGGACCUUCGAUGACUACAGUCAGGACUUCAUCCCCGACUUCCCCUACGAACCCGACGCCUACGACGAGGAACUGCUCAGGGCGGACCCGCGAGCCGUAUCGCCCCUAACAAGUCCAAUGGGAACGCCGGUCUUCAGCCGCCGAGGACGCCAGCUGCCCAUCGUCCCGCCCAAAGGAGCUCCGGACAGAAUUUUGACCACGCCCACCAUGGGAGCACCAAUGACAGCUGUAGCUCCUCCCACUCCAUAUCAUCAGGCCCCUCCUCCUGUCCACAAACAAGCUCCACUUCCUGCCAAUCAGCCUAAGCCUCCUCUCAUACGAAUCCAAGCCCCGCCUCCUCCUGGACCCGCCCACCCCCACCCACCUCUUGCACCUGCUCCAGUGCCCGCCCCGGCCCCAGCACCGGUACAAGUCCAAGCCCCGCCCCGAGCACCGGUACAAGUCCAAGCCCCGCCCCCAGCACCCGUAAAAGUCCAAGCCAUGCCCCCAGCACCCGUACAAGUCCAAGCCCCGCCCCCAGCUGUGGUACAAGUCCAAGCCCCGCCCCCAGCACCUGUACAAGUCCAAGCCCCGCCCCCAGCACCGGUACAAGUCCAAGCCCCGCCCCCAGCACCUGUACAAGUCCAAGCCCCGCCCCCAGCACCUGUACAAGUACAAGCCCCGCCCCCAGCUCCAGUACAAGUCCAAGCCCCGCCCCCAGCACCGGUAAAAGUCCAAGACCCGCCCCCAGCACCUGUACAAGUACAAGCCCCGCCCCCAGCUCCAGUACAAGUACAAGCCCCGCCCCCAGCACCAGUACAAGUCCAAGCCCCGCCCCCAGCUCCAGUACAAGUCCAAGCCCCGCCCCCAGCUCAUGUACCUUCACCUGCACCUGCUUCUACUCCUGCACCUGCUCCAGUGCCACCUCCAGUACAAAUCCAAGCCCCGCCCCCAGCUGCUUCCCCUCCUGUAGUCAAAACACUACCACCCCCUGCACCUGCCCCCUCCCCUGCCCCGCCCCCACAAACUCCAGAGCCAGACAGAUGCCCAACGACACCUGGAGGGUCCAGAAAAGAGGUCACAUGGGAGGACCAGCAGAACAAAACAGCCAAUGGUAUGGCACCAACUGUUAGCCACACCCAACCCCAGACAGGCGGGGCGUUACCUGCGAGCAGAGAAGGUGUGAUGAAGGAUCCAUCAAAGAAGAGGGAAAGUCUGUCCUUUAAAUCAUCAGACAGUGAUGCCAGCGACGUGUCGGCCAUGACCACCGACAGCCGAUCCAUCAGUCGGGCAGAGUCUCUGGACGGCCAAUCAGAUGAUGGGGCAGGGUCAGAGGGAACACAGGAAGCAGCGGUGGCAACAGAGGGCGGAGCUACAUUGCAGAAGAGCGAAUCAACCGAGAAAGUAGUAGAGGCGGCGCAGUCUGAGGCUUCAAAGGCGGCGCCGGCGUCCGGAGCUCCUAUCGCCAAGUCGGCGAGCGCCGCUGGAGAGAUUUGUUCGUUGUCGAGAAAUAAUGACGACGACGAUGACGACAAGAAGCGACGCUCGAGCUUCGGAGCGAAGAUGAUGGGAAUGGUUGGACUGGGAAAGAAGGGUCAGACCCAGAUCAACCCCGAGGAGGAAGAGAAGAAGAAGAAGGUGGUGAGACUUCCUGUCCAGAGGAGCAUAGAAACCGGUCUGGCUGUCGACUUCAAAGCUCGUUUCACCCGCCAGCCGAGCCGCGACCCGGACGCUGAUGACCCCAAACCUGGAGCGUUGAUAUUUCCGGGAGUGAAGUUGGCGACAGACAAACAUUUCACCGGUUUCCUGUCUGGAUUAGGCCCCGCCCAGCUGGUUGGACGGCAGACUCUGGCCACGCCCGCUAUGGGUGACAUCCAGAUCGGGAUGGUGUACAGGAAGGAGCGUCUGGACGUGGAGGUGAUCCGAGCCCGGGGGCUUGUGGGUAAACAAGGCAACAAGAACAACACUCCAGCUCCCUAUGUGAAGGUGUAUCUGAUGGAUAACGGGAAGUGUGUGUUGAAGAGAAGAACUCGUCUGGCGAGAAAAUCACUCGACCCGCUUUAUCAACAACAGCUGCAGUUUGAAGAAAACCCCGAAGGAAAAGUACUGCAGAUCAUCGUGUGGGGCGACUACGGUCGGAUGGAUCAUAAAUCUUUCAUGGGAGCCGGUCAGAUCCUAUUGGAUGAUCUCGACCUGGGCAACAUGGUGAUUGGCUGGUUCAAACUGUUUCCUGCCACCUCAUUGGUGGACGCUGCCUUGGCCCCGCUAACCAAUAAGGAGGUAGAGGGCACGAAGCCGUAGCGUCAGGAGGCGGGGAUCGACUGUAUCGCCAUAGCAACGGGCCGGGAGGGAACACAUUUUUACCGGGCGGAGCCAUAAAAAGUCCCGUGAUCCUCCUCUGCUGCUGCUGCAUGUUGCAUGAUGACAUCACAGAGAUGACGUGACAGUGUCACAAUUCACAAUGAUGUCACCGGGAGGAGGAAGGAGGCUCCGCCCCCCUGAUGCUUAAACAGGAAACUCCCCCACAGUGGGGGCGGGGCUAGACAGCAAAGGAUGCUGGGAAAAGACAAGACAGGACCUCCUGUCCAGGACCUCCAAGGCCAUGUGACCUCCAGCUGCCAGCCAAUCACAGCAGCUCCUCAGGGGUCAUGUGAAUGUUAGCGGCAUGUCCAGAAACCAUAGACCCAGUCACCUGAUCGUUUCCAUGGAGACACCGAACGUCCUUCAUGUUUUUACAUGGAACGACAUUAGAACAUAACAAAACAUGAACUGUGAAAAAAGUUAAAGAACAUGAGAACUGAAAAAUAAAAAUAUUAGCUCUGAAAA